GAAGUGGAAUACGUGGUACCGCUGAUGUUGUAAUGUUGCUCGCCGAUGUCUUAGUUUGUUUUCUCUCAUUAUUUAUUGGUGUUCCUGCUAAUGACACAAAAUCUUGUGCUGUUUCAGGGUUCACUUCAUUACUCAAGUGCUCCUCAUGUUCAGAGUUGAAGAAGUUCAAAUUAGAAAAGCUUGAAACAUCCUGUUUUCAGUGUUGUGAAGAUGAAAAUGUAUCUGGAACUUCUAAGAAAUAUGCUUUUGCAGAACUAGUAACUUGCUCGUGAUCCUUAGAACGCUAUCCUCAAGUGCUUGUAUUUAGUAAUGUUAAAUUUCGCUGAUUUCCCACCAUGGAGUAUGUGGUAGUUAUUAGCUGGUCGAACUUUUCGAUAGUCACAAGUCUCUAUGUCUGAAUUACUUUCGUUAGCAUGUAUAUAUUUUGUAAAACAUUCAUUGACAGCAAAGAUCGGAAGAGUAUGACUAAUCUAAAAGUGGUAUACGAAAGAGGUCAUAGACCUACAAUUCGCAUGCUCAACGAGAAACGACAAGUGCAAGAAGAGAUUCCUGUCGACACUUGGGAUAGCGACACAAUAAUAGAGUUUGUUAAUGAACGCAUCACCAAUCAAUAAAGUUGUCAACAGCUUUUCAUGCGCACUCGUGACUUGUAUGAUGAUACAUGAACUAAAUCUCUUAUAGGAGAUGUUCUGUAUUUGAUGUUUAGUCCAGAGUGCUAUUGAUUAGUAUGUGUUUGUUUAUACUGUUUCUUCACUUUCUUUUAAACCCUUUCUGUUGUUUGUUCUCAAACUUGGUUCAGUAGAUCAUUUUUGUGUCAUGCGCCUGUAUAAAGUAUUAUUCCCAAAAUUGCAGCGUAUUUCGUAAUCUGUUGUGUUUCCUAGACUUGUUCUAAUAAACAUAAAUAUCUGUAUACUUCUUAA